UUUUCCUCCUCCUCCUCCGACCCCACCCGUUUUAUUUCUUUCAAGUCACAACUUGAGCCCAACUUUGCAAGUCGAAAUUGGUGUUGAGAAACAAAAGAAGAAUGCGCGGAGGACGGGGCUGUGCUCUGAAGGAAAUGCAAUAAACUGCAGUCUCUGUUCUGGAUAAAAAAAGAUUUUUCUGCCCCCCGUUUUCUGAGACUUGAUCCCCGCGAUUAGGACUAUGAGCACAAACGACAUCUAUGAGAUGGACUCCAUGACUGAAACAGAGGAGAUGGACGCUGAUGUGGAGUUAGACAUGGUAGAAGAAGAAGCGGGUAAGAAACCAUUGUCUGUAGUUUAGAUGCGUGGGUACCCACUGUCUCAGGAAUCUUCAAAAUCAAACAGACUGUUUCUGGAAAAACUGAGCAACUCCUUUUAGCUUACUCUGUGACAGCAUUGAACUCAUAUUUGUUUUUAAGCAUCUUGUAAAGCUUUUAAAAGAGGUCAACCAAAAUUGGAUUAAGGGAAGUUACAUUUUUAGAUCUAAACUUUCAAUUUCUCAGACUUGUUGUACUUGUAAAUUACACAUCAGACUGUUGUUUAAUAGAGAUAUUUUACAGCAUGUGGGCAAAAGUUUCACAUUUCUGGCAUUGUGACACCUGACAUAUCUGUGCUAUAAAGUUUUAAAGAUAAUUACAGACAGACAUCAAUCAAAUAAAUAAGAGUCUAAUUCCCAGAUCAUGCUCAUGGCAUGUGCUGCAGAACAGCUGGACUCCAAUGGGGGUGUGUCAAGCACCAAUUCUGGAGGGAACUUACUACCUGACACACAUAUGGAUUAAAAGACCUCUAAAGACCAACCAAACCCCCUGAAGUCUGGUGUGACUUCCUCAAAGCCGACAACAGUCUACAGAAUAACACAGGCCACAAGAACUGAUUGCAUCCUUCCGACCUCUUACUUAUCGUUUGGCAUUUCUUACAUUCCUGAAGCUUCAAACCGAAACCUUAGAUUAACUUUGGAGUACAGUCAUAGAAACCCAAGGUAGAGCAUGCACUCUUCAAGCAGCUGUCACCUCACAUGCCUGUAUUUACUGCCUUACCCAAAACAUUUAUUGUCAGCCAUAGCAUUAAUACUUUGAAUAGCAGCUCUCAGACAGAUCUAUUUUCCUCUUGGAAAAAUUUGAUGGCCUACCAGCCAAUUUUACUGCAUUUAUGGUCUUGACUGUAUGAAAACACCAACACAAAGUGCACUCUGUUUUAAUGGAACCCAUUUUCACUUGUGAUUUAUUAUUAAUGAUAAUUUACACUUUGUGUUGUCUGUGAUGUUGUCAGACUUGGAUUAUACUUUUAUGUUUGCGACUUAAACAUGUCACACAAUUCUCACACAUGCAUUUUUUUCAAAGUGCACCAACAUGGUUUCAUCAGGAUUAGAUUUACUCAUCUCUGUAUUUUAUCUGGCAUAUAAAACAAAUCCUGUUAGUUACAGCUUUUUCUGUAGUGUAGUUUUUUUUCUGUUUGUAUCGUCUGCUUUUAUUUCUGCAUGUGUUGUUAAGGAGGAUGCUCCCAAGAGAGGAAGUUGAGUGGGUGGGUUGUGGUGAGAAGGCAGAGUUUUGCUGUUGACAGCUUGCGGGUAUAGUCUGAACAUGCUUUUCAAAAGAUUCAUGCAUACUGACUCACUGUAGGGGUAAAUGAUUUUAUAACGCAGCCUCUGUUGUGUUCAAUUACUCAAUAGCUCAUGCACUUUAAGGUUACCAGAUGUAAAAUUGUAAUUUAGCCCCACAUUUGUUCUAUGGUCUGCACUCUUUGUGCCACGUUUUCUCUUAUUAGAGCAGUAGCUAACAUUAAAAAGCCUUGUGUUCACAGUGAAGUCGGCCAGUAUCAAAAUAACAAUAGCCUAAAGGCACAAUCAUCAGGGAUUAACAGCACAUUUGUAACUGGUUUACCCACAGUGUCUGAAGACUAACCCUGGUGUAACAAGCUUGGUGAGGGUUCAGACUGGGUAGAACUAAAGCAUUUUUUGGUUAUCUGGAUCAAGUGGAUCCACAUUUCAGUUUCUCAUUGUGUUACUAAGGCCAGUGUUUGGAAAACAACAUCUGUCUUUGGUUUUUGUCACAGUGCUCUCUGCUUUAUAUGGAAAGACUACAGAACUUUCCACAUUAGAUGACAGCAGCGGGAAUCCUGAAUGCAGAUGGGGAAACACCAUAGUACAUACUUAAAGAGGUCACUGUGGUGGAGUAUUUCUUUUUCUUUUUCCCAAAGGGUGUAAGUGUGGUAGAGGGAAAGCAGUUCAAAAGAAAAGACAGGAAAAACAGAGUGGUGUUUCGUGGGACACAAACUGAAACAGAUUCAGUCUGGGGGAUGAGUAGAAAGCGUUAAGAGAAAAUAUGAUUAGCUAGAGCUUAUGCACAGUUAUACCACCGAUAGGUAUUUGUAAGUGAAAUGAAAGAUCUUUGAACUGUACAGCAUUGCUGACUUGUAUCUAUGAGGCUGGCUGAAAGAUAGCAAAGAAUUACCAUAAAAUGAAGGUUAGUUACGCCAAAUAAAAGCUGGAGGUGUUGUGGCUGGAAAAACUGAUCUGAAGAUGUUAAGAAUGAAUCAACUAACACGUCAAAUGCAGCAUACUUGCAGCUUCACUUAGCACUUUGAUGAAAUAAGUUCAUUUCUUUUCUCUUUUCUCUUUUAUCUCUUUUACCUCUAUCUAAUUUAGACUUACUGUCCUUUUAGCCUUUGUUUUACUUAUAGUCUUUUCUUACUUAAUAUUUUAGGCCUUUUAUUGAUUUUAUUUUAUUUUUCUGCUCAUUUAUGUUAUUCCAUUUUAUCAUAAAUAUUACCAUCAUUAUUAUUUAAUUAUGAUUUUAUUAUUAUUACGAAUUUUGUCUUCUUAUAUUUAAUAUCCAGUUUUCCUGCUUUCUACCCCCCCAUGUCCAUGUGCUGAUGCUUUACGACUGUUUGUCAAAGUACUUUGUAAACCUCUGUUUUUAAAAGUGCUAUAAAAAUAACAUUAUAAUAAUAAUUAUUAUUAUUAUUUUGAGGACAGUGUUGGUCAAACUAGAAACUAUGAGGCGUUAAAAGAUGUUGCUUUGUAAGGACGUCUGUCUCAAACACAGCUUCAGGUAAAAUGACUGUUCAGAGAAAAAGCUUGAAAUGAUGUAGAAAUGCUAACUGAGCUGUUAAAAGUUCUAGUGUUACUUACAGUAUGAGAAGCUAGAAGCCACACACAGAUAAACCAAAGUGUGUUUUACUUGAAAUUAAAGUUCACCUUGUGGUCCUGAAAAUAUUUUUUUAAUUCAAAUUAACAUAUUUGAGAAAAUGAUCCCCCUACAGAAACUAUUUUAACCCACCAACGUACAGAUGAUUUUUUUUUUUCUUUUUCAGACCCUCAGGUGACUAAACAGGUUACAGGUGGUUCUAUUGCAUACACUACCAACAAACAGACCACGGCUGACCUCAGUUUGUCAUUUAAGCUGUUACCUAUUAUUUGAAAUCAUUAAUAAUAAUGCAGUGUUGUUCAGUAGUUGAGUCAUGUGCAACCUGUGAAUGCUUGGCCAGGUCAUAUACAGGGAAUAUUAUUUACACUAAUUUAUGAAACAGGCCAAAAGUCUAGACUGCCAACCAAGACAGUAACAUAAAAACUCAGUAAGUUUUAAAUAAAAGUAUUGAUGCACUAUUUCUUUUUGCAUACUUGAAGAUACAUGCCAGUUUUUUAUGCAGCAACACUUUCAAAUGAGCUUUAUUUCGUUCUUUUCAUGCUAUUUUAAUUGUGUUUGUUUCACAGUGUACCUUGAGGAGUUUUUACCAACAUACCACAGUAUUAAAGAAGGAGCACAAGUUGCCAAAGCCCAACUGGUAAGUGAACAAUUUUACUUAAAUGUCAGUCACACCAGCAAAAAGAAAAACUAAUAUAGAGAAUAAUCUGAGUACUCACAUGUGGCUGCAAGAGCUUUAGUAAAUCCCGGUGGUGUCACUAGUCUGAUUCUGUGGAGAGAAAGAGAGACAGGCAUGAAGGGCGGGUGUCAUAAUGUUUGUUGACCCUUCCCACUUCUCCUGCAUGUGCCCGCAUCACAUGUUAAAUAGGCUGGUCAAGGUCGGUGUUAUUUAGACAUUACUCUACACGGACUUUCCACAAACACACACAUACACGCAGAGGCCCCUGUUCUGCUCUGUUUCGGCGUCAUGUACGACAUCAUGGAGGAAGAGGAGUACGAGUUCCAGGCUAUGGAGUUACCUGAUGAGCCUUGUUUUUGUCCUCAGGUGGAGUUUAACGACAAGCCUGACUCCUUGUUCUUCAACGAUGGCGUCAGGAGGAUCGACUUCAUCCUGGUGUAUGAAGACGAGGAUAAGAAGGAUUUUGAGAAGAGGCACACGUUUCAGAGGCGCAAGGUAGAUUUGAAGAGGAUUCAUUCAGUUUAGAUAAUAUUGAUGGUGGUGGUGUUUGUAGAGCUGUUAAAUGCUGCUCUGGCAUCUCUUCAAAGUUCUGUUUGUUUUUGGUCCAUUUCAGUCAUUUCUGCCUUUAUUAAAAAGAGUUGAAUAGAGCUAUGAGUUUGUAAAAAAAGAGAAAAAGACUUCUGACACAAGAAUAAUGUACAGUUUGACAGUGAUUUAUCUGAAAUUUUGAGUUUUUGAAGUUAGAUUUGGUUGGAAAAAGUUGUUGGAAGUGGUGCUUUGCUCCUUAAAAACCUGAUUUAACUUUGAAACAAACAUUACAAAUGUGAACAAACUACAUGAAGUGCAGUUUAUUAGUAAUCAAACAUGAUAAAACUUUGUAAAACUGAAUGAAAAGAGCAUUUCUAAUGAGUUUUAUCACACAUUUGAUCAGCACCGACUCUUCCCUAUUUGUUAAGGGAGUUUUUAUUUAAAGUAGGAUAUUGUUUGACUCAACAAAGACUUCAUUUAUUAUCUGGAAUGGGAACAACUGAGCAGAUAUUGUUUUUUGUACUUCCUUUGUGCUGAACUUCAUGUUCAUUCAUCAGAGUUUUGAAUGACAGAUUGUUCAGUACAGCUGCCGGCUGGAGGCCCUCGAGGGAAGUUGUGCAAACAGAGCAUCCCUUUGCAUCGCACGUAUGACCAAAAAAUUGCCAAAAGUUGAUGUCAUAUCAGUGUGGUUUGUGAGUUUCUUCAUCAGAACAAAAACCUGUUUUUCUAAAGAUUUCAUUUCAGUCUAGAAAUCCUCACAAAACAAAUAAGACUGAGUAUGUGUGAUUGAAAAGUGUGAAUCCCAAAGCAAACAGCUGUUCCGGGUUUGUCUAAGCUGCCGGAUAUUUUCUGUUCUGCAGGAUAUUUAAGAUACCUCGUACAUUUUGCACAACACAAAUUUAAAUGAUUGAUAUCUUGGCACAGAGGCAGGUGCUGAGUCGACUUCUUUCACAACAGGCCUGCUGCGCAGGAAUACUAGACGCUCACAGACAUGAGACACCACAAUGUUGCAAUAUAUGCCCUGUGCAAUCUUAAAUAAUCUGCCUGUUGUUUUUCUGCGGAAAUGAUUACGUGUAAGGUAAGCAGAGGAAAUGUGUGCCACCAACACACACAUACACACAGAGGCACAUUUGUGUAAGCUGAUCAGCCAGUUUUAACCAGUUCCUUAGAACAGCCGGCUGGUAGAGCUGUUUCAUAUCAUAGCUCAUGAGCUUUAUCACCACUGAUCCAUGGAGGACUAAUCUCAAAGGAAGCCAAAUCCAGAGUGGGAUUGAAGUAUAUCUCUUUGCCAGUUACUCCCUUCAGUUGCAAAACAUUUUUCCUGCUCUUACUCUGACUUCUGUAAGGGUGUGGUUUUUUGCAGAGGUGUUUGCACCUAUAUGAAAUUUAAUGUAUAUAUUGUUGCCCAGACCUGGACAUGUUUUCAGUCUUCCCUCUCUGUCAUUCUAGUUUGUUGAAAAAAAAAACACCUUUUGCUUUGGUUAGAGUCCCCACAAAGUAGCUCCAACAUGAUACAGGCCAGUGAAAAAACAUGGAGGAGUUUGUUUGCAUUCAGAAGACUGAAUGCCUUUAUGUGUACCCAGGACUACAAUUGACUGAUGCGCCAUAUUUGAUGGCACGCUACCAACAAAAACCUGCUCUGACUUGCAUGUGGUGUCGUCAUUCUUUGCCACUAUGUGCACUAUAUAUAAAGACUUUAGUGUAAAUAAAGACCAUGUUUUGGAAAUGAAACGUGUCCAAGCAAAUAUGAAGUGUGUCGAGUGCUUUAAAUAAAUACAGUUAAAGGUCUUUAUAAAGCAACAAUAUCGCCCUAUUGGAUAAAUAAGGGUUGUUCAUGUGAGAUAGUAGAGGCAGAAUAGUCUCUUUAUUCACAGUAUACCAAAACAGGUGUAAGUAUUGUACUCUGAAGCUUGAUUUUUGCAGAUGUGUUCAAAUAAAGCAGCCAUGCUUAUAUUUCUGUAUCCUCUCUGAAGAGACGGCGAGAGUACUUUGAAGCCAGCCUGAUGAAGAUGGGAAUGGAGCUGGAGGCAACAAGAUCAGUGAGUAACAACACAGUUUUUUUCAAGACUGUAGUCUGUUCUUCAGUUUGAUUUCCUUUUUAAAACCUCCCACUGUCUUCGUCAGGUAAUCGAUGAGAAACUGAUGUUCGUCAAAAUCCACAUGCCGUGGGAUGUACUCUGCACCUACGCUGAGGUCCUGCACAUCAAAGUUCCCAUCCUGCCAAAUGACCUCUCUUCCCGUCCCUUCGCAUGGGGUUUCCUCUCCUUCCUCACCAAGUUCUGUAACCCUAAUGAAGAACGGAUCACCAAGGAGGCCGAGUUCUUCACUGCCCCCUUUGAGAAAGACCGGCUGGAGUAUUUCUACGUGAAGGACAAAGAUAUCUUCUUCACUCCGUCCAUGAGGAGCAGGAUGGCAAGUUUUCAUGUUAAACUCUGAUUAUUUGAUGGUUAAAAAAAAAAAAAAAACUUUAAUUUUUGACGAUAUCACUCCUUCCCUCAGGCGUAUUACAUCCUGAGCCGUGCCCCCUAUGAAAUACGAGGAAGCAUAAAGAAAUUCGGCAUCACCAAACUGCUGGACAGUGGAGUGUACAAAGCUGCCUAUCCUCUCCAUGAUGUAAGUGAUGUCAUUUGCCAUUUUCUUGUGGUUUGUAAAAGCAUUUUGAGCUUACUCUCAUGCUUUACCCAACUUAACCCAACAUAUCCUUGUUUGCAUUAUUUUAUGUUUUUGCCAUUCCAGUGCAGGUUCAACGUCAAGUCCAAAGAAGAGGGCUGCCCCAACGAGAGAUACCUGCUCUACGAGGAAUGGGCUCAUCCCAAAAGCUUUUACAAAAUGCAACCACUCGACCUCAUCAGGUGAGCACAAUCUUCAUGUUUGCCUCUUAAAAAUGCGCAAUAAUGACACCGUCUCUCUGUGUGAGAUCUUGAAAAUGUUUUCUUUGACAAGGGCUGAAGGUAUUGUUCAAAAACAAUGGUUUCUUUCCAAAGGAAGUAUUAUGGAGAGAAGAUCGGCAUCUACUUCGCCUGGUUGGGUUUCUACACAAUCAUGCUCGCUCUGGCUGCUGUGGUGGGACUGGGUUGUUUUAUUUAUGGAUACAAGACUCAAGAAACAAGCACGUGGAGGUACACUCCCCUAAAGAGUCAUUUUUCUGGAGAUAAAUCAUUGACAUUAAAGUUUAUCGUAUACCAUUAAUCUUCUUGUGACACAAUUAGUCUUGCUUAAAUUCCUUGUCUAAUAAUCUGUACUAUACUCCUGCAGCAAAGAGGUGUGUGACCCCGAGAUCGGAGGACAGAUUGUGAUGUGUCCACAGUGUGACAGGGAGUGCAAAUAUUGGAGGUUGAACAGCACCUGUGAAGCUUCAAAAGUGAGUUUUAUUUUAUAUCUACAAUUAAUUUGAUUGUGUUACUCAAAUAUGUCUGCAUAGCCCUUCUGCUGUUGUUCAAAAUAAGACGUAUAAAAAUACCGUUCUGACCCAAAUACAAGAUACCCUAAUUGAGGAUGAACCCUGCUUUGAAGAUAGAUGUGUAGAAAAAUACAUUGUUAAGACCAAACUUGAGCUAUUUUAAUUGAAAACAAUAAUAAAAUGGACACAUGCAGUCAAGACAACCUUACUUUUUUAUAUCUAUUUAAAAAAAAAGAAUCUUCUAUCAGGGUCAAUAUGGUAAAUCUGUGUAAUACUCAACCUUGAAAGAAAGACAAAGUAAAUGUACUUGAUGCUUUUUGAUAUUCGGCAAAUACAAUGUCAUAUAAAUGGGAUAAAAAAAAGACUUUAUAUCCAUUAACUGUUCACAAGUGGGAUUCAGAUUACUAAAUGAAAGUAGCAGCAAGGUCACACAAUAUCUACUUUAAUGUUUCUUUUUUUAAUCUUUCUUAUGAAUAUCAAGUCUCAUCACUGCCAGUAUUAGUUACAUUUUCAUGUGAGGUGAACUUUGGCCCAAUCUAUCAACUAAUUACUUGUAAACAAAGUUUUAGCGCCCAACGUGGGGCUCAACCCACGACCCUGAGAUUAAGAGUCUCAUGCUCUACCGACUGAGCUAGCCGGGCUUGGCUUGCUGAACACAGGUCAAGUUGAGAUUGGAAUGUGGAGAUGUACAGUUAGUUUAUAUCCAUUAACUGUUCAGAAGUUGGACUUAGAUUACUAAAUGAAAGUUUACGUAUAUAAACUCCUUUUUUUACAAAUACUUUUAGCUGCAAUUGUAAUUCUUUCAAGACGAAACUUCCGAAAUUAGACAGAAAAACUGCAUUUUUGUCAUGAAUAGUUGAGCUGGUUUCAGUUAAAAAUAUCUGUGUUUGUGGGCCUUAGGAAUGCAAACAGCAGGCAUUAGGAAAAAAGCGACUAAAAAGUAGUUUUUACCAAACCAAAAAAAUGUUUUUCGCAUGUCGUCUAUAGAAAAAUUAACAGAUACAAAAAUUUCAUAACACAGAGGCAGCUCCUCUCUGCAAGGUGUCAAAGUUCAGGUUUUCACCUGAGCAGCAAGGUCACACAAUAUCUACAUUGAUGGGGUUUUUUUUUAUCUGCCUUAUGAAUAUCAAGUCUCAUCACUGCCAGUAUCGGUUACAUUUUCAUGUGAGGUGAACUUUGGCCCGAUCUAUCAACUAAUUACUUGUAAACAAAGUUUUAGCGCCCAACGUGGGGCUCGAACCCACGACCCUGAGAUUAAGAGUCUCAUGCUCUACCGACUGAGCUAGCCAGGCUUGGCUUGCUGGACACAGGUCAAGUUAAGAUUGGCAUGUGGAGAAGUACAGUUAGUUAAUAUCUAUUAACUGUUCAAAAGUGGGAUUCAGAUUACUAAAUGAAAGUAUAAGUACAUAAACUCCUUUUUUUUUUUACAAAUACUUUUAGCUGCAGUUGCAAUUCUUUCAAGACAAAACUUCUGAAAUUAGACAGAAAAACUGCAUUUUUGUCAUGAAAAGUUGAGCUGGUUCCAGUUAAAAUUAUCUGUGUAUGUGGGCCUUAGGAAUGCAAACAGCAGGCAUUAGGAAAAAAACAACUAAAAAGCAGUUUUUACCAAACUGGAAAUGUAUUUUUUGCACGUCGUCUUUAGAAAAAUUAACAGAUAAAAAAAAAAAAAUUUCAUAACACAGACAAAGCUCCUCUCUGCAAGGUGUCAAAGUCCAGGUUUUCACCUGAGCAGCAAGGUCACACAAUAUCUACUUUGAUGUUUCUUUUUUUAACCUGUCUUAUGAAUAUCAAGCCUCAUCACUGCCAGUAUUAGUUACAUUUUCAUGUGAGGUGAACUUUGGCCCAAACUAUCAACUAAUUACCUGUAAGCAAAGAUUUAGCGCCCAACGUGGGGCUCGAACCCAAGACCCUGAGAUUAAGAGUCUCAUGCUCUACCGACUGAGCUAGCCGGGCUGGCUGUUUUGGGGUCACAGGUCAAGUUAAGGUUGGCAUGUGGAGAAGUACGGUUCGUUGAUAUCCAUUAGCUGGGAUUCAGAUUACUAAAUGAAAGUAUAAAUACAUAAACUCCUUUUUUUUUUUUAAAUACUUUUAGCUGCAGUUGCAAUCCUUUAAAGUUGGAACUUCUGAAAUUAGACAGAAAAACUGCAUUUUUGUCAUGAAUAGUUGAGCUGGUUCCAGUUAAAAAUAUCUGUGCUUAUGGGGCUUAAGUGCCCCUUAGGAGUCUGCUACUGCAGCCUGAUUUGGUCUGGUACGCUCAGUGGCCAGAGUCAGUCUGCAGACAUGUGAUCAAAAUGACUUUGUCCUGCUCCAGUACAUCUUAGUAUCUACUUUUAUUUCAUAUAAGCCUCUCGAGUCCAGAGUGAUUCAACUAAUUGUGUUUUGUAUAAAACUAGUCUUACUGCCGUUUCAUAGCUGUGUGGGCCUUUAUUGGUCCCAGUAGGGCAGCAGUGGCACAAAAGCAGGAUACAACUGUGAGGUUUUUAACCGGUAUAUUUCUCUCCCUUCUCCUCAUUUAGAAACUUUGUAUCUUUGAUAACUUUGGAACGCUGGUGUUUGCAGUUUUCAUGUCAAUCUGGGGUAAGUAUUUAACAACCUGCCACAGGUGGAGUUUUUAUAUUUCUUUAAGUACUUUUUUUUUUAAUGAUGACAAAAUUUAUUGUCUGUAUUUGAUGUUCACUAAAGCAGGAAGUUUUGUGUUGGCACUUGUAUCUCCUUCAGUCUCAUCUUUGCAGUGAUUGUUUGUUUCCUGCUUCUGUUUAUUUCCUGCCUGCAGUGACUUUGUUCCUGGAGUUUUGGAAGCGCUAUCAGGCAGAGCUGGAGUACCAGUGGGAUACUGUGGAGUUCCUGGAGCAGGAAGAGCCAGCUCGGCCUGAAUAUGAAGCCAAGUGUAAAUAUGAGAGGAAAAAUCCUGUAACCGGGGUAAAUCAUGCACACAGUGUUACGUCCCAAAGUAGGAUGCAGUUAAAAAACUUUAACAACUUUAAAAUGAAUGAGAUAUUAUUGGAUUGUUUUCAGGGAUGCUGUUUAGACAACACUAAGUCACACUUUGUUGUAGUUAAAGUCAAGUAUUUGUUUAUUUGUAUUUAGGUGAAAGAAAAAGUGCCUUACACCAGCUGUGGUCGAUGCGUUCGGGUGUCAAUCGGAAUCAGCACAGUCUUAUUCUGGGUAAUGUAAAUCAAUUCCUCUCAAUCAAUACAAGUGUGUAUAUGUUUGGGUUUUUUUUUUUUUUUUUUUUUUUACCAGCCUGUAAAUCAGUGUUUGUAAUCACGCAUGUUAUCCAUGUUCCCAGAAAGUUUCCGUUUCCAUCAGAAUAUUUUCUUUCCUCUUUUAAUGGAUGUUUUUCCUCCUCAGAUCCUGUUGAUCCUGGCGUCCAUUGUGGCCAUAAUUGUCUACCGUCUGGCUGCAUUUUUUGCCUUCUCAGCGAAACUCCGAGCUCAGAACCUGAAGGAGCUCGAACCCUUAAAGGAGUAUGUGACCCCUCAGAUGGCCACCGCUGUCACAGCCUCCUUAAUCAGUUUUGUGGUCAUCAUGAUUCUCAAUAUCCUCUAUGAACGGGUCGCCAUCUUGAUCACUGAUUUUGGUUUGUUAUUCUGCUUUUACAAACUUACAUUUACUGGCAGGUAUUCAAAGAAACAGACCUCAUUUUUCUUUCUAUCUUGCGACACUAACAGAGCUUCCCCGGACCAAGACAGAUUACGAGAACAGCUUGACUCUGAAGAUGUUCCUGUUUCAGUUCGUCAACUACUACUCCUCCUGUUUCUACAUCGCCUUCGCCAAAGGGAAGGCAGUCGGCUAUCCCGGACAGCCUGUUUAUCUCCUGGGAAAAUACCGCAAUGAGGAGGUAGAAAUAGUUCAUUUGGUUGGGUCAAAUCCAUUUCCUCUUGGCUCUUGGCUCAUGUUUUGUGUCUUAUUUCUCUGCAGUGUGAUCCUGGCGGUUGUCUGAUUGAAUUGACCACACAGCUCUCAAUUAUCAUGGGUGGUAAAGCUAUCUGGAACAACAUCCAAGAGGUCUUGCUACCGUAAGAAGUCAGAAUCUAAGGCCCUAUUUUGGUCAAUUAAAAAUACCAGAUGUGCAUUUACCAACACACUCGUGGCUCAGGGAUCCAGCAUGACUGACUUGCGACGCUCUUUAUUGUCUCACUGAGUAUCACCUCUUUCGUUUCUCUGCAGGUGGUUGAAGAAUUUAAUUUCCCGUUAUUGCACCCGUGUGGACCCAGAGCAGGCGAUCCCACGCUGGGAGCAAGAUUAUCGGCUCCAGGCUAUUUCCAAACUGGGACUCUUCUACGAAUAUCUUGAGAUGGGUAAGAGGGAAAACUGUCCUUCAGUCGUUUUAUUGGGCACAUUUUACAGCCGCACUCCUAAACUGGUUUCACAAGCUGCUCUGAAGUUCAAACUUUGCGUAAUUAUACAGCCAGGGUUAACUCAUUAUAGACUCAGGCAUAUGUUAUGGAUAAAGGUUGUUCCUCACAUUCCUAGUUGUUGAAUUCUGCUGUGGUUAGUUGUUACUAAAUGUUUACAGCCCCAUUUAGCCUCUGCUUUAAACACUUUUUUGGCAGCUUUUCCAGUGAUAUGAAAUCUGACACAACUUCUGGGUGUUACUUUUCACACAGUCACAACCAGUGUUGCCACAGCUACCUUUAAAAAGUAAUUUGGUUACUGAUUACGGAUUACUCCUCUAAGAAGUAACUUAGUUACUUUACUGAUUACUUGAUUUUAAAAGUAACUAAGUUAGAUUACGAGUUACUUUUGAGUUUAAUUCAGCAGCCUCAACACAUAAAUGACAACUGUUUUCUUUCCAACACUCACUUCAUUGGAAGUUAAUUUUAACAGGAAUAUCAAAAAUACAUGUUUAAAAAAAAGUAGUGUCUCUUGACUGACGAAACAUAAACAAUGUUUUUAUUAUAAAAUGUAAAAUAAAGACAGUCUUUCAAAUAGUGGCUUGAGAACACGCAUCUCUCUCCUCCCUCCAUUGUUGUUCAUUUGGCCGCAGCUGCUUUAUGUGUGUGUAAAUGUAUUACACAUGAGUGGGCCGCAUGCUGAAAACAUGACUUGUCGCCUACAUGACUGAUGUCACUCCCCCCAGAUGAAAACAAAUCCAUCUUUUUUUUAAGGAAAAUGAGAAAAAAGUAACGCACACAAAGACCUGGACAUACUCAAAUCAAAUUACUGGUUUGGGAAAUAGCAACCUGUUAAUUAUUUGCUACUGAAAAAAGUGGACUUAUUAGAGUAGUGCGUUACUAAGCAACGGGUUACUGGCAUCACUGGUCAUGAUGCAACCCAAAAGCUGUGCCUUUUGUCUUAGGCUAGCUGUUAGUGCCCACGUUUGUUCAGCAUUAGCUAUUUUUACAUUAGCCGCUGUUGUAAUGUCACUCACAACUUGCAGUUUUGAGGCUUCAUGGCAGAUCCUUUUAGAUGGAACAGCUCCAGGUGCCAUUUACAGUUAGUCUCCACAUCAAACUCUGAGCAAGAAGACAAACUAAGCAGAAAUAACAGUGCAAACAUUUGCAGAAAAUGUUUCAAUCACAGAGUUGUAGUAUGAAAAGAGUUAAAAGUUAUCAAAUAGUAAGUAAGAUUUUCAAAUGCUGCUUACCAGGGGCAGCUGAAUCCUGAGUGGCCACUGCCCUCCUUUUUCACAGUCAUGUCUCAUCUCUCUUAGUCAUCCAGUUUGGUUUCGUCACGCUCUUUGUGGCCUCCUUCCCUCUGGCUCCGGUCCUGGCUCUGGUCAACAACUUGUUUGAGAUUCGGGUGGAUGCUUGGAAAAUCACCACCCAGUUUCGUCGCAUCAUGCCUGAGAAAGCCCAGGAUAUUGGGGCCUGGCAGCCAAUUCUCCAAGGCGUUGCUAUACUCGCCGUUGCAACAAAUGUAAGUGACUUUUUUUUGACAGUGAGUCACCAACAAAUCUAAUGCACAACUGUAGCAUUGAUUCAUUUUUUUGUAAAGCUUAAAGGUUUGACCCUGAUGAAACUGUUACAUUUUGUUUCCCCUUCAAUGCAUUAGCAGACAAAUCACAGAGUACAUCUAAAACUUUCCAUUUGAUAUGUCAGUAACUAAAAAAGUAUCCCUGUGACCUUUCCUGUCAUCUUGGUGUCCCAACAGGCCAUGAUCAUCGCUUUCACAUCAGACAUGAUCCCUCGUUUGGUCUACUACUGGUCUUUCUCUGUGUACCCAUACCAAGAUCAGGGGACUCACACCAUGCAGGGUUACAUCAACACCUCACUGUCUGUAUUUGAUAUUAAAGAUUUCUCCAACGACAGCAGGCCCCUGAGUAUACCGGACAACAUAACCACAUGCAGGUACAAGAAUUGACCCUCUUGUUUUGGCUGCUUUUGAUUCCACUGUUGUAUAACUUUGAAGAGAGUCUACAAAUGAUUAAAAACCUUUCCUUAUCAGGUAUCGAGAUUUUCGGUAUCCUCCUGGACAUCCCAGGGAGUAUGAAUUCAGUGUCUACUACUGGCAUGUGAUCGCUGCCAAAAUGGCUUUCAUAAUUGUUGUAGAGGUGAGUGCAAACGUAACAGGACAUCACUCUCAAAAAGUAUGAGAUAAAAACAUGAAUUGUAAAGAUUCAGUAACGGUGGUCUCUCCUCUUCUUACAGCAUAUCGUUUACCUCACAAAGUUCGUCCUCUCCUACAUGAUCCCUGACGUCCCCUAUGCUGUCAAAGAGCAGAUCAAACGAGAGAAAUACCUAACCCAAGUGAUCCUCCACGAGACCAACCUGAAGCUUGUGACAAAACGUUUGAAACCAACCAAAGAUGAGACUGUGAGGGACUCAGAGGUGAUUGAGGUAAAGGACGAGCUGGAACUGUCUUUGGAUUUCUGACAGUAGAAGAAAAAGCACAGAGGAAGAGUUGGGACCUCCUGUUCAUCUGCAAAAAAGGUCAUCUGUGACGGUGUAAUUAUGUAACUUCCCGGUGUUUUGAUCACCCACCAUGAUGACCAACACCUUGAGAACCACUGAAAAAGACUGAUUUCUUCACCUUUGCCUAAUUUUCUAUCACUCUGGACUUUUAAAGCCAAAGCAUAGAAAUGGAAAGAGUCCAGCGCAUCCCUCCUUAAUCACCACAAAAAGUUUCUCUUCCUCUAGUGAAACUAGGCAAGACUGUCUUCCUUUUUUGAAGUCUGGUUUCAAUAUUCGAGACGAACAGAAGCAGGGAUGUUAAAUCUGUAACCUACAUUUAAGGACACAACUGUUAGAUGGGAAAAGCACUGAAAACAACAAAACAAAGACAUCUAAGCCUGAUGCCUGCCUCUCCGGGACCAUUAUUCACAGUCUCCAUGAUCUGAUGGAAAUUCAUGUUGUUGUUACAGCAGUCGGCCUGAUAGACUACUUCAAAUCUGUGUCUGCUGAAUGUAAGGAAUACACGUUAAAUUGAGGGGAAGCAACAGAACAAAGAAAGUGCCUUGACCUUGAGUUGCAGCUUUGGGAUAUCUUGUACAUUGAGCUACAUGCCAGUGGCUGAAAAGUGCCAUCCUCCGUCAGAUGGUUGCCUUAAGUGAAUGCUGUUGUGAAGAAUCAGUAUUAUCAAAUACAACAUUGCCGCACUUUCAAUGCAAUGAUGGCAAUCAGGAGUUCUUGUUAUUAAAGAGUUAUAGUGAUCUGUCAAACAGCUUAUGUUGUUAAGUGAUCGACAAUGUGCCAGAACUUUGGUUGGACAGAAACUAAGCAGAAGAUGGAGCUGAUGCCAUGUUGACAAGUUUAAAAACUUAAUGAUUUAAAACUGAAUACUCCUUUACUUUUGUAGGUCAGUUUCACCUUUGUUUGUUCUUUUUGUUUUUUUAUGGAAAGCUUCAAAUCUAUACCUGUGGAGUGGUUCAGCUGAGUAUUAUCCAUGUGUUUGUUAUCACUGCACCGAGACCACUACUCAAAACUGUGGCUGCAUGAUACAGGUGACAUGAUGUAGUGACUUAUCUUCUCCUGUGUCUAUGCUGAAAUCUUAGCUCCGCCUGUGCCUUAUAAUUGACUAACCCUGUGAUUUAUCAAUGGGACUACUACCACCACGUAUGUUCACAGUAUCAUAUACAGUACCAUCAAUAUCUUACCAUGCUUAUCUGUCAUGUGUUUUGAUUGAUAGAAUUCAAUUAAAUGGUUUUGUACAAUUUUU